CCGACAUACCUACGAAAGGCAACACCUUCGAUUUGGAGUUCUCCUUUAAGUGUUUCGCACCGGAGAGAGGGUCGAUCGGGAAGUGUGACGGCUCGCACGGACCAGCCGCGCAACAGCGGACCCACUAAAACUUUACAGCUCUCACAGCUCCAGGCAAGCUUGACGUCAAAUCUUCCACCCGGACAGCGCAACCAACAACCUCCCGCAUAUCUUAACGACAUGUCGCCCUCCGGCGGAAACCUGGCGGUAACGACGGAUGGCGGGUCAUACAACAAACUACGCCGACCAGACGAUUUCCUCGCUUCUCUGACCUCCAAGCCGCCACCUAGGGACCGCCCAAUCUCUGCAACUUCUCCGCCGGACUCGAACAAGCGAAAGCACGAAGAAGCCGAUAUCUCCGAUGCAGCGCCAGAGGAAGAGCCUUGCAGCAAGCGCCCGAGGGAGGAUCGUACUCCCAAGGCAGUGAGGCCCCUCGCCGCCAACAACCGCCGCAUGUUUAGGCCAAUCCGCGAAAAUGGCAUGCAGUCUAUGUUCCCUGGCAUGGAUGAAGACAACUUGUCCGACGAUGACACAGCAGAGGCUCUCGCAUACCUCCGCGGCGUGAGGACCGAAGCUACUUCAAUACCCAGUCUACUCGUUGCAGCGCCCCAGCUCGAGGAAAAUGAGCCCGACAGAUCCAUGUACAAUGACGGCCGCGGCGACCAGAGGGCAGUGUACAAGGAUGGAACUUGGAUCGGCGUGGCCCCCGAUGCCCCCGGUUACUCUGAAGAUUCCUGGACUGAGUACUCGUACGAUCUCGAUCCGCAGGAAGAAUACUACAAGACUCUUUUGAGGCGGUAUAACGCCCUUCGGGCCACCCUGGCAAACGCAAAUCUUAAUGAGCUAGCCCAGCUUAUGGAGGCCGAGCCAUCACGCUUCACCAAUGUCAAACCACCCAGGAACAGAAAAGAGUGGCUAUACACGCUUGAACACGAAUAUCCGACUCCGGUGCGCGUGCUUCAGAUGGAUGACAGGGAUCUGUACCGGGGAUUAGGAUAUUGCGCCGAUAUCUUGGAUCGCUUCGAAACUAUAUCGAAGGAGAAAAGCUGCUGGGUCUGGACGCUGUUGGCGUCGGCCGGCGAGCCAGGAACGUUGGACUACUCGAGGGUGGGACGGAUCAGAGACCUUGGUUACAAAGCCGGCCGGCUGAACGUUCAACUUCACGGCGGUGCGCCUCGGAGGCCGCCUAGUGAAAAAGAGGAAGUGGACGUCGAGGAUUGGGAUACGGACGGCGAGGGUACGGGGGGCGAGGAUAGCGACGGUGCCGCUGAAGAUGAUGUGAACGCGUCUGAAGCGAGCAACCCCGAACAUCUGUCGGCGAGAGUUGAGAAAGUAUCCGAACCGGAAGAGGAGGUCAACGAACGCGGAAAGAGCCGAGUAUCAAGCCAGUCACCCAGUGAAGGGAAUGGCCACGACAUCAUCACUGCACAAGGCGACGGAUCGGACGAGCCCAAAACCGACGAUGCGCCCCAGAAAUCAAUCAAGGAGGAAGAAAACGACGGCGACGCAGAUAUAUCAAUGUCAGAAGACGAAGGGGAAGUUAACAACGACGAGCCCGAGUCCACAGAUUUGGAGGAAGCACGAGCCCGUCUAUUGGCGCAACUUGGGGACCGAUUGGUCCAACCAUUUGUCCCAGAAUUUCGGGGAUCGCGUUCUAGUCGCCAUCGCGAAGGUCCAGAACCCUCACGCUCGUCACCCCCGAAAAGAGGGCCGCGGCAUAGGCAUAACGGCAAAGUCUGCCACAACCCCUUAUGUGAAGCCGAUGAACGGCGACGUACAUCACAUCAGAAAGCAGGCCCUCGAAUGGUUCAGAUGCAGGAGGCACACCACCAGCCAUCCUCGACACUCUCUGACCGAAAGCUGCUAUGCCGGGCCGAAGCGGAGCUGCAGCGCCGGCAGAUGCGCGAGAAAGAACUCAAUAAAGCGGAACAGGAAGAACAAGCCGAUGCAGUGGAGGCUCCACCAGCAUCCGAAGGAGUUCUGCAUCUGUUCAACCCAAUAGCCGAGACCCCCAAAGUGGAAGAUCAGAACCCGAGUAAUCCCCCAUGUGAAGCCGAGAAGCCGCACGAGCAAUUGAAUCAGAAAACGAUAGCCGCAGAAAUCGUCCAAGAAGUUGACAGCGUCCCCAAUGACACUGACUCGGAGAUGGAAGACAUUCACCCUGUAGUGGAUCUGAACACGCGCGUAACGCUCGACAUGAUCCUCACUGUGGUGGCAGAAUGCUAUGGACAAAAGGAUCUGCUGCGAUUCAGGGAAGUGUGGUAA